AUGGCCGAAACACAUCAAGCUAAGCCCAGAAGUGGCUUUGUUCGUGCCCUGCGAACCAUUCAGCGAUAUGUUUGGGAUGACCCCGACAAACCAAGCGAAGAAAAACGCUUCUUGUUCAAGUUGGACUGUUUCUUACUCAGUUACACAUGUCUGGGGUACUUCUGCAAGAACCUGGCCCAAGCCAACAUUGACAAUGCCUACGUGUCCGGCAUGAAAGAGUCCCUCAACAUGGGCGGCAGUGAGCUGACCUACAUGGCCAACGUCUUCACAGCCGGCUACGUGAUCGGGCAGAUCCCCGCCGUCAUUCUCGUCACACGCGUCCGUCCCUCGAUCCUAAUCCCAAGCUGCGAACUACUCUGGACAAUCUGCACAUUUUGCUGCUCCGCAGUAAAGACCGUACAGCAACUUUACGCUCUUCGUUUCCUAGUCGGUCUUUUCGAAUCAGCAUACUUCCCCUGUAUCGUCUACCUGAUCGGAUCGUGGUACACGGCCAACGAACGCGCGAAACGAGUCACCAUAUUCUACUCCACGACCUCGCUAGCAACCAUGUUCAGCGGAUAUUUACAAGCAGGCGCCUAUGAUGGAUUGAAUGGACACCUCGGUCGUGCAGGCUGGCAAUGGCUCUUUAUUAUUUGUGGGAUCAUCGGGAUACCAUGUGCGCUCAUGGGAUUUGUCUUCAACCCCGAUUUCCCCGAGACAACACGUGCUUUUUAUCUUACAGCCGACGAGGUCCAGCUUGCGCGCCGCAGACUCGCUCGAGAGGGGUUUGCGGAACUGGGAACAUCCUCGUGGGAUAGGUGGAAGAUUCUCCGUAUCGCGCGCUGCUGGCAAGCGUGGGUCUUGCCCAUUGGAUAUUUCAUCGUGCAAGCAGCCUGUCCGAAUCAGCAGCCUACAUUUGCAUUAUGGCUCAAGGCAGAGGGCUACUCUGUGUCUAAAAUCAACGUGCUCCCGACGGGACAAUCGGCCGUUGCAGUUGUUGCGCAGAUCGCCGCUGGCAUGCUCUCUGAUUCUCCGCUUUUCCGUGGACGACGGUGGCAGAUGAUAAGUGUGAUGCAAGCAGGAACUUUUAUGGGUAUUAUCAUUAUGCUGGUUUGGAACGUGCCGUUGAGUGCGAGAUACUUUGGUUACUUUGUUUUGUGGGUUGCGUAUGGGGUGCCGGGUGUAUAUUUCUCUUGGUUUCCGGAUCUGAUGAAACAUGAUCAUGAAAUGCGUGGGUUUGUUAUUGCGCUAUCGAACAUGUUUUGCUAUAUAAUGAUGAUCUGGUAUGAUGAUGCUGUCUGGCGGACUGCCGAGUCACCACGCUUUCGACCUGGCUUUACUGCUGCUGCGGUUUGUAGUGUGGUGCUCGUGCUGUGGGUUUUGGGGAUCCAUCUGUUGCAGCGCCGAGAGGAAGCCAAAAGUUUGUCGACAUCAUCGGACGAGGAGGAUGUCACUCAGAUUGAUUUACAGGUGCAGGAGGUAUCAAAAGAACUGUAG